CUUGACAGCAGGUCGAGGGUGUGGCGCUGAAGUGUUCCUGAGUCACGAGAGGUCGCAUUGAAAAUCCUCAGAUUUCAUAAUUUCAGGCUUCCCGACACUAUGGGACGUGUCAUCUGUUGCGGUUUAACAUUACGUUUUUUUAGUUUGUUUUAGUUUUCGCUAACGACUAUCGAAAUGGCUUCUUUAUGGGAUGAUUUGGAGAGCUGUGUCACGGACGCUCCCAACUCUUUCGCUGCAGCUAUUGGGGACAGGGGGACCAUCCAACCCAAAGCUAACUUCAGUGCAACAGAAGAUGCUGUGGCUCUUAAAAAGGCCAUGAAGGGAUUAGGCACCACAGAGGAGACUCUGAUUGACAUCCUAACUCACAGGACUAAUGCUCAGCGUCAGGUGAUUUGUAAAGCUUAUCUGGAAGACACUGGCAAUACGUUGGUGCAGGACCUGAAAGGCGACACCCAUGGGCACUUUGAAAAUCUGCUGGUGGCCCUGGCCACGCCCCCAGCCUUGUACGACUGUCAGGAAGUCAGGAGAGCCAUGGAGGGAGUUGGAACCGAUGACAGCAUCUUGAUAGAAAUCUUCUCUUCAAGGUCCAACCAACAGAUAAAACUGCUCUGUGAUGCCUAUUUGAAAGAAACAGAGAGGAAGUUGACUUUUGAUCUUAAGAAGGAAACCACAAAAGAAUUCGGCACCGCUAUUCUCCUCCUUUCUGAAGGCAAGAGAGACGAGAGCACACAGGUGGAUGCAGGGAAAGCAAAAGAAGAUGCCAAGGCUUUGUACAAUGCUGGAGAGAAGAAGUGGGGAACGGAUGAGGACAAGUUCGUAGAGAUCCUGUGCCAGAGGAGCGUUCCUCAACUCAGACAAACACUGGUGGAGUACCACAGCCUCAGUGGGAAGACUCUUCAGCAGAGCAUCGAGAGGGAGAUGUCUGGACCUCUGGAAGACCUGCUGGUGGCUAUCGUGAAGUGUGUGAAGAGCGUCCCUGCAUACUUUGCUGAGCUUCUCCAUCAGAGCAUGAAGGGAGGGGGCACCGACGAGGCCACACUCACCCGCAUCAUGGUGAGUCGCUCGGAGGUGGACCUGCUGGACAUCAGGGCUGAGUUCAAGAAGCAAUACCAGCACUCCCUGCACACUGCCAUCAAGUCUGACGUGUCCGGCAACCUGGAGGCCUGUCUGCUGGAGAUCUGUGGAGGUGACGACUGACUCCACUCCGGAGAUGACUGACUCCACUCCGGGGACGACUGACUCCACUCCGGGGACGACCGACUCCACUCCGGGGACAACUGACUCCACUCCGGGGAUGACUGACUCCACUCCGGGGACGACUGACUCACUCCAGGAGAGACCUCAGGGACUGUUCUAUUGGCCUUUAGGACAGUACUGACACUUCCUACUGCAUCUACACUCAGAUCUUUCAAUAAAUCAAUACUCAUA